GACUAGGAACAGGACUCCUGGGUCCUUUGGAAAAACAGUAUGGGCUGCUAGCUUAGAACCAGGAUGUGAGACCCUAGACUUCUUUUGGCAGGAUAGAUGAGCAGUCUGGCAUUCCAAGUUCCUUUUGAAUUGGGCAGUGGGGAAGGCUGAGAGCCAGGACACCCGGGUUCUUCUGCAAAGGGGCUAGAGAGUAACAGAAUGGAGCCCCUGAUUGUCUCUAAACAGAAGGGUGGCAUCUUCUGAGGAAUUAAAAGCAGGAAGACUGACAGCCACCUAGGACACCUGGGUCCUCUUCCCACUUUGCUCUUUAAAGGAGGAGCGAGGAUGAGAAGUAUACUAAAUAAAUAAAAAGACCAGGCGGCCGCCACCCCGAGAAGGGAGGAGUGAAAGCUCGUGACGGAGAGAGGAGGGAGUGCGAAAAGCGGACAAAUGCAAACCGAGGAAAGGGAGAACUUGCUGGGGAUUUCUGAGAACAGCCCGCCGACUUCCCGGACGUAGCUGGACAAAAGCGGCGACAGGAUCCAGCUUGGGCACUGGGGGGAGGAGGAGGAGGAGGAGGAGGAGAUACGCGGCGGCGUGUCUGUGGCUCCGGCGGCGGCGGCGGCACUGCCUGUCUUGGCGGAGGCAGCGGAUCGGGGCGACUACAAAAGCAGGAAGAGAGAGACGGGACGCUCCUGUGAGUCACCCUGAGCUGCAGGGAAAGGACGGCGGAGCGUUUGCCAAGAUGCCCAUCCUCAAGCAGUCCCCCGUCUCCCACUCCAAGAAGCGGCCCCGUCUGGAUCGGGCCAUGAUCAGUGCCCCGCUGGGGGAUUUCCGACACACCAUGCACAUUGGCCGUGGGGGAGAUGCCUUUGGCGAUACAUCUUUCCUCAGCAACCACGGGGGCUCCAAGGCCAACGGGCUGCCCCCUGAUGUGGCCGUGUCCCCUGGGCGCCUCUCUGGCUCUGAAGACAUCUCUGGCCGCUUUGAGCUGCUGUCUUCCCCUGGCAGUGGGAAUGGAGUAGUUUCAAGCCCAGCAACGUCGACCCCUGAUGGCAGCUUUGUGGCACUGCAGCACCCUAUGGAGGAACAACAGACACAGAAGGCUCCCAACCGAGGAGACUGGGACCUACAGCAGAAGUUCUCGUUGGAGAGCCCUACGCUGGAACAUGCUGAAUCCCUUCUCUCUUUCCAGUUGGACUUAGGACCCUCCAUCUUGGAUGAGGUUCUAGGAGUGAUGGAUAAAGACUGGGACAGUAUCAAAGGGGAGGAACAGGAACCGUCAAGGGAUGAGUGCUCAAGUCCAGAAAGGUGCCUCCAUCAUGACGAGGAAAGGGAGGAGGAGGAGGAGGAGGAAGAAGAGGAAGAGGAAGGGCAGGGCUACACCUUUGAGGAUGAGCAGGAUGAAGAGAUUGGCCUAUAGGAAAAACGGAGCGAUGCUGGUCUUGCACUCCUCUGUUUUUUGUCCCCAGCACUCCUUCAGGCCUCUCUUUGCAGAGUUCCCCAGCCUCUCGGACAGCCAGUGGACCAGACCUGGCCUGCAGAUGAUCUCUGGUUGACUUGCCAUUUACCUGUGGUCUACAGAGGAAACUUUCAGCCUUGAAUCUCUUGUACUUGACAUUAAGGGGAAAAAUCAAAGAAAGAUGCAGGCUGUGCGCUCCCAAUGACAUUCCUGCAGUCUUCCUUCCUGUAUGAGACAAGGCGGUAUCUUCUGGACUUGAUUCUUUUGGCCUGGCAACAGCAAAUGAAUAAAGAGGGAGGAGGAAGGAACUUGGCCUCUCACUCCUGUGAUCUACCCGAUACUGGCCCUUGUCCAUCACAAUCAUAGGAUGUUUUGCGGAACACCACCUCUGGGAAAUGGGGUUGUAGCACACACUCAAGACUUUCUCCUUGCUCCAUCCUUUUGCCUUCUGGUUCUUGUGCUCCCUCACAAGGCCUGGGAUGAUACAAACCUGUCUCCAUAUGGAGAAACACGCCUCUAUGUCUGGCUACCCCCUUUCUCUGUAAUUGACACAGCAGUACAUUUUGAUGCUUUAAGGAAACCCUCCAUCUGCCUACCUUCCAGUCUCACCUUCAGUUUCUCCAUCUUUGCCCAACCAUCCGAUCAGGGAAACUACCCAACUAUAGAAUUCCAACUGCCUUCUCAGUGGUUAGUUUCCUGAUCUAACUUUGGAAGCACAGUUGGGUUAAAAGCCAGAUAGAUGGGUGCCAAAAUAGAUUUAACUGCUGGCACACUGGGAAAUGGAAGGAGGGAUUGAUGGAUAUCUAAACAACAUUUUCUAUUUAUCUGUCAAUUUUCAGCUAUCUAUCCAAUUAUCCCUUUUGUUUUCCUAUCCAACAUUUAGUUGACUGUUCAACAAUCUUGUGUAGCCACUCAUCUAUUUAUUCGCCAUCUUCUAUUCAUCAGUUUAUCCUGGAGUCCUCCUAUCUGCCCUUUCACUGUGUCUUUCUCUUCAGUGAAUACAUUGAUUGUGUUUAUAUAUUCAGUAGCGGUGCUGCUAACACUGCAAGACCUUUUGCUAUGGGGCUCAUACUCUGAUCUAGUGCAAGACUGUCAGGGAAGGAAGAUAGAGAAGGGAUUCAGAGAGGAAGUUGAAGAAGAUGGUUUGCUCUUUGGGGAUGAGAGAGAGGGGUGGGGUGGGGUAAGAAGUGUCCUCAUUUGCCUUCCAAGGAGACAGUAAAGAGAACAAAUGAAUAAUGUUUUGGACAUAAUGUGAACUGACUGUUGAGCUGGAUUGUAAAUAGUCACUCACUGGUCGCGUAUGGUGAAUGCAACAGUCGCUUGCAGUGACAAGCAGGAUACUUCUCAUAUAUUACAAGAAGGCUUUUGAUCCCUUUCAGUCGAUCAAAUGGCUGGUACAGAUAUAUGUGGGCAGGCUAGCUAUAUGCUUUUUCUGUGGGUAGUAACUCAUUUUCAAAGGACAAAACUAGGAACACUUAGGUGGAGAUACAAUGCACACUCUGUUUCAAGCUGUGAUGGGGCCAGGGUGAUUGAUCCUUAAGGCAAGGUUGCGUCAACAGACUGCAUCUCCAUCAAAUGUGAACUGGACAGCCUUCUAAAUGAGACUCUGAAUACUCUUUAGUGGACUUGAGAUCGUGAUAACUGGAAGGGAGUUCACUGGUUCAUACUAGACCACAGCGCUCCUUGAUAACUGACUCCAGAUCCCCAUCUAUCAGCCUAACAGUCUGUCCUUUCGCUCCCUUGGUGGAUUCCUCUGUUAAAAUGACAUUCCAUUGUUGGCAGAAAUCUAGCUCUUGCUAUCUCCUGAGCAUCCCUGUGUCUGGGGAGAUGAGUGGCAAGCAGUCUGGAAGCUAAUAUACCCCUUUGCCAAAUCAUUUAAGGUCUCCUGUUACUCUUCUCAUGUCUCCCUCAGGUGCUGCCCCUGGUUUCUUAUCUGUGAGACUGUUUACCCUAGUGAAAUUGUGGUAUCUAAUCACAGCCUUACCAUAAUCUAAUACAGAUGAGUUGCCCUUUAACACAGUUUGAGUUGGGGAAGGAUGGUUGUAUUUUGCUCCUUCCACCUGUGUCUAUGGGUGGGUGAAGAUCUAACCCAUGUUUAGUGAUAUUUAUUCUCCCUUGCAUCUGUAUAUUUAUUCCAGACCAAUUCAUCAAAUUGGAAAGGGUGUGACUGCAAUGUAUGUGUCUUCCAUGCAGUUUUUACCCAUUGCAAUAACUAGUAAUUUUGCACUUCCAAGAUGGGAUUGAUGCGCUUCUACUCUCUCCUGCCCUUCCCACAAAAUGGAGACCAGGUUCUAAUGUGUCAAUAUGAAGGCAGGAUGGGAUUCCUUGCUAUUCACAGUAGGGAAAACCCUUUUUUAGGACUGGCAAAAUGAACAGUUCACACUGUAGCAAGCAAGCUUUUGAGUUCUCCACAGUAUUUCUUCAGGCGGGAUGUUAAGCAGAAUGGGGGUGGGGCAGGGAAGAGACACAUUUGGGGCAUAACACAGAAGCUCCAAGGUCUGUAAUUCAGAUGGAGUACAGGUGCUUUCUUCCAGGCUUAAUUUGGCUUGUCUCCCACCUAGCAAACUGAGAUCUCUUUAGCCUCUGCUAGGUACAAAUCAAAAGUAUGAAGCGUCUUGUACCCAGCCUUAUUACAAGCUGCAAACCUGGCCUUUUCUAUCAUGUCCAAAAUUCUCUUCCUUCAUCUUCCCCCACCCUCUUUUCAUCGUUGUUUUGCUUAACAUCCAGCCUGAAGAAGAGUUCUGGAGAACUCAAAAGUUUGCUUGCUAUUCUGGAUAUAUUUUAAUUGCCCUAAUAAAGGUAUUGCCCAGUUUGGGGGUGUUUUUAAAAAAAUGAACCAACAUGAUUAUCUACAAGUUUUGUGAGUCCUGACUAUGUUAUCACUGCUGCCUUUGCUGCUGUAGAUAUCAAAGCCUCUGGUAUGAAACAGAACAUCUCUUGCUACAUAGAUCUCUGCUCUUUUGCAAGUGAGAAAAAACAAUGUGGGUAGGGAGAAAGGAAGCUGGAGUGGAUGGGCUCUUGUCUCUAAUGCUGUUACAGUGACCCUGAAUUGUGUACCCUUUUAAGCAAAGUGUUAUCUUUGGGCCUCCAGCUGUUGUUGGACUACAACUCCCAUCAUCCCCACUACAGUGGCCAAUAGCCAGGGAUAACAGGAGUUGUAGUUGUAGCCCAGCAUGUGCAGGGCUAAAACACAUGGUAGGAAGACUUUAUUAUUAUUAUUAUUAUUAUUACUUUUACUAUUAUUAUUAUUUUAGCGUUUAAUAUAUUGUGCAGGAAGCUUCAUUACAUAGAAGCAGGGAUGUUGGAAAGUGGGACUCCAGGGUUCUUUGGAAGGUUAUGUGUGUCUUGUGUUUGGGGGGGGUGGGAUCUCAGGGCACUCUGAGGUCAUUACUUGGGGAAGAGUGGAGCUUUAAUGUAUUACAGAGGUCAAAGGGAGUGCAGUUGAGUUUUGUAGUGAGGAAGUAAAGCCGAGCCAGUGGGGCUGGGAGCUAGGACCCCAUGGACCUUCUGGGACAGAGGUCCCCAGCCUGUGGGCCUUAAAUGUUGAAUUACAACUCCCAUCCUCCCCAGCUGUGAUAAACUGCAGCUGGGAAUGAUGGGAGUUGGAUUUCAACAACAUCUGGAGGACCACAGGCUGGGGACCUCUGUUCUAGAACAGCUGGUGGGGCAUGGCCCAAACUAGAUUGCACCUUAAACCAGUGGCAGUAUCACUGUGUUUUGAAAACUGCUCUACAGCAUCAACUAGUGCAGGGAUAGGCAACCUUGGCACCCCAGCUCUUGUUGAGCUACAACUCCCAUCAUCCCCAGCCACCAAAGGUUGACGUUUACUGCUCAAGAAGGAUCAGUCUGUCUAAAUGGAGAGCUGUGGGUUUUGUGAAGGAGGCAGUGGAGGAUCUGAAGCAACUGUAAGAUUCCUGUACUGAGUGGGGAGGGGGUGGACUAGAAGACCUCCAAGGUCCCUUCCAACUCUAAAAUGCUGAGAUCUAAGAAAGGAGGUCCCAACCACGAAUCCUCAGUUGUUGGACUACAACUCCCAUCAUGUAGUCUGGCCGUUGUGGCUGGGGAUAAUGGGAGUUGUAGUUCAACAACAUCUGGGAACCCCUGGUGAGGGAGUAGGCGGUGAGUGAGGUACAUUGGUUUAAAAGAAGGGGAUCUAGAACGUCUUUUUCUAUCUUAUGCCGUAAGCUAUUGUAUAACAUCAAAUUGUCCUUCCUUGUCACUGUGGACUCGGUUUCUAUUCUAAAAUAGGAAAGGUGAAAAUGAUUAACUUCCUGCGGAGGCUGUGUGUCCCUGUGAUACUUUUAAAAGCUGUCCUAGGCAUGAUCAACAAGGACCAGCCACUGACUGCAAAAGAGAUCAGGGCUGGUCUCCGAUCUCUGCUCCUUUGGGCGGAUAAAGCCUUCAACUGUUGUCUUCCUUUUAUUCCACCACCAGAUUUUAAGCCUAGAACCUAAUCUUUGGAUCUCAUUGCCCUUUUGUUGGGUUUUUGGAUCCUCAUGCUUAACGUGGUGAAAUUCUUCUAAUAUGUACAUUUUUAUGAUUUUGUAAUAGCUCAUUUUAUUGAUUCCUGUGUAUAAAAUGUCUCUAUAAACUUCCCCUGACCACACCAUGUUAACUUUCAUCCUAGUCGCAGAAUGUUUGUAUGGUGACCAAAGUGUUUGAUAUUUCUUGUAAUUAAAACCAAAUUAGUUUCGGA